AUGUGCGGACCCGUAAAUGACUGUGAUGGUGGUGGUGCUGGUGAUGGUGCUGGUGGUAAUCUAGUUCAAGUUUCUACUCUGCCCAUCCAUCCGUCGACAAACUUUAUACGCAAUGCAAUUGGCAUUGUGUUCUCUCUUAGCAGCAACAGCUUUAGUAGUACCUUUUUUCAUUACUGUCAAAAUCUAACAAUCACCUUUCGACAGGGCGGCCAGGAUUUCUACUUUUUCGUGUUCGCACAGGUGCCGGAAAGCACAACCAAGGCCUCCCUCGAAUNUUUCGUGUUCGCACAGGUGCCGGGAAGCACAACCAAGGCCUCCCUCGAAUGCAGGGUGCGAAUUAACGAAGUUUCCAAUGACGGCAGCUCAAUGCCGUCGUUUCACCCGCCACUCGGAAGCAGUCCCCAUCACUUCGUCAACAGUGGCCCCAGGCUGACACCGCAAAUGUCCCCGCCUAGGGAUAAACCAAAAGACACCGUGUUUGAACUUCCGACAACGUCCACAACGCCCCGUCCACAGGAAAAGCCGCCGGCAGAUCCGCUGAACAAUCCUAGACGAAACGAAUCUCUUCCAGCGGACAUCAGCGGUGGAUCAUCAGAGCAAAAUGCUGACUUUGAGGAGGACACCUCCUCAAAGCUCAUGCGAAUCCUCACCACCAUACUGCCCUUCCUGUCGCUGGUUCUCUUUGUGCCCUUUGUCAUCUUUGUCGCCUGGGUCACCUACAAGUGUCAGCGAAAUGUGCCAACUCGAAACGCCAUCAAAACCUUUUCGCACAAAAUUAUCAACAACAACAAAUCCGACAGUUCGGACAGUACCACCUCCACGACUAGCUCCUCCUUCUCUAGUGGAAGCACCAGCGACUACAACGGAGCACUCUUUCGCACUAAAAAGUCCCUCGCCUGUAAGGAGAUUAGCUCCGAUCGAUCUCUCCUCAAGGUGACCGACAGCGAGUGGGAGUUCCCGCGUCACCACCUCAAGUUCAUUCACAUCCUCGGCGAGGGCUGCUUCGGUCAGGUGUGGAAGUGCGAGGCAGUAAACAUCGGCAACACCGGCAGCUCACAGGUGGUCGCCGUGAAGACGCUCAAGCAGAACGCCACGCAGAAGGAGAAGGAGGACCUGUUGGACGAGCUCGACGUGAUGAAGAUGCUGGAGCCGCAUCCCAAUGUGGUCACGCUCAUUGGCUGCUGUGCCGAGCAGGACCCAGUGCUGCUCCUCAUGGAGUUCAUUCCCAAUGGAACACUGCAGAGCUACCUGCGUCAGAAGAGGGGCGAGAACGGCUACGGCAACGUCAACGGCAGUGCGCUCACCUCCAAUGACCUGAUCUCCUACGUCUACCAGAUUGCCAAGGGCAUGGACUACCUCUCCUCCAAGGGGAUCAUCCACCGAGACCUGGCAGCUCGCAACAUUCUGGUGGGCUACAACAACGUCUGCAAGAUUGCCGACUUUGGCUUUGCCAAGUACGACCACGUCUACGAGCGCAAGUCAGAGGGCCGUCUGCCCAUUCGCUGGAUGGCCGUAGAGUCACUCACUGACUUUAUCUUCACCACCAAGAGUGACGUCUGGAGCUUUGGCGUCCUCAUGUGGGAGAUUGUCACCCUGGGCUGGACCCCCUAUCCGGGCUUCUCAGCGGCCGAGGUCAUCAAGAAGGUCUGCGAGGGCCAGCGCCUGGAAAAGCCCGAGCACUGUAAGCGUGAAAUCUUCAACAUCAUGUACUACUGCUGGAAUGAGAACCCCGCCAAGCGUCCCACCUUCUCCGAGCUUGUGUCCCUCCUGGACAAGAUUCUCUACUCUGAGAAUGACUACAUCGAGCUGGACAGAUUCCCCGAACAUGGCUACUACAACAUUAUCAAGCCACAACCGACUGGUGAAAAAUUGUGA